AUGGCUCCAUCUGGUAGUACAACAACAAGAAGAAGACCAACAAGAAAGCCAAGAAGAAAAUAUUUCAAGAAGAAGCUUGUACAGCCCAAGAAUCAAAAAGCAUCAAGGAGUUUGCCUUCUAACUCUUCCACCACCACAAGCUUCAAUUCAAAGAUUAGUGACUUAACUUCUGAGGGUGUUGAAGUUGAACUCACUUCAAGUGGCUGCUCUACACCAAAAGCUCAGAGAUUCAAAAUACCAGAGAUUUUAACAUGCCCACCAGCACCCAAGAAGCAAAGGGUAGUUUCAAAUUGCUCACUGCAAAGGUCUCCAAUCGCAUUCUUUGCUCCUCCAGACUUAGAGCUCUUCUUCUUCUUUGCACUAAGAGAUAUUUCGGUUUGA